AUGGGGCUAGAAAUUGUUGAGCCAAAUACAUGUAUUCGAGGUUGUUGCCAUAGCCACACAAUCCCUCUUCGUCUUCCGCCUUCUUCUUACUCACUCUCUUCACAAAUUGCUCGAGGGGCUGAAAGUGUGGUUUAUGAAGCAACCUUGGAUGGAAAAAAAGUAGCUGCUAGAAAGCCCAUUUUGUCUACCUCUGAAGACCUUGAUCAGUUCCAUAAGCAAUUGCAGUUACUUUGCAAGUUGGAUCAUCCGGGGAUCGCUAAGCUAGUUGCAGCGCAUGCUCAGCCUCCAAAUUACAUGUUUUUCUUCGAAUUUUACGAGUACGGAAAUCUUGCUGACAAAUUGCAUGUGGAUGAAUGGGUUCCAACCUUUGAUCAAGUUGUUCAUAUUGCUUGGAGUUUAGCAAAAGCUUUGAAGUACCUUCAUAAUCUUGGAAUUGUACACAGAGAUGUGAAACCAUCAAAUAUUCUUCUUGACAGGAAUCUUAAUCCGCAUUUAGCAGACUUCGGUUUGGCAGAGUACAGAAGUGACAUUAAACAAGUUUCGAUCAGUAAUUGGAAAUCAUCUGGUAAACCAACUGGUGGCUUCCACAAGAGAAACAUGGUGGGGACUCUCAUUUACAUGGCACCUGAAAUACUGUCAAAAGAUAUUCAGACAGAAAAGUCAGAUGUGUACAGUUUUGGCAUCUCUUUCAAUGAGCUUCUCACUGGUGUUGUCCCGUAUACUGACCUUCGUGCAGAAGCUCAGGCACACACAGUAUUGGAAAUGAAGUACACAGAGCAACAACUUACAGCUGCUGUUGUCACUCAAGGAUUGCGACCAGUACUUGCUAGUUCCAUAUCAAGUGAAUCAGCAAGAAUUUUGUCUCUAAUAGAAAGAUGCUGGGAUGCAAAUCCCAAGAACAGGCCGUCUUUUGAUGAUAUAGUUGUGGAACUUGAUGCCAUCUUAGAAUACAGGAAGACACAGGGAAACCCUUUAUCACAAGCAUCCGUAGUGGCAGAACACAUGAGUACCAUGGGUUCCUGGAGCUACCGAGAGAAUAUAAACUGGUUCACGGGUGGUGCAGAUUACGCGAAAGAGGUCUCUCUUUCUACAGGUUCUAGUUUAGAAAUGUGGCUUCAGUCUUCAUCUGAUACUUUCACAUAUUCUCCAGUCAUAUCUUCGGGUUCAUUUGCAACUUGUGGACAAAGGGAAACUAUGGAGGAUAGACACUUUCUAAGGCCUCAAUUUUGUGAUGAAUCCUAUAUCCAUCUUUAUGGAAUUUUUGAUGGCCAUCGUGGUGCAGAAGCUGCUGAGUUUUCAGCUGGAGCUCUGCCUGAUUUUCUGAAAACCUUGGGCUUCAUGAGCAGAAAUCCAUCUGAUGCACUUCAAGCAGCAUUCAUCAAGAUAGACGCUGCAUUCAGGGAAGAACUUAAUUCUCAUCGCAGAACCAAAGGAGGAUCUCAGAAAGAGUGGCACCCUGGCUGCACUGCAGUGGCUGCUCUUAUUGUCAAAAACAGGCUUUUUGUUGCUAACGCCGGUGAUUGUAGAACGAUUUUGUGUCGUUCUGGUAAUCCGUAUGCUUUAAGCAGGGAUCAUGUUGCAAGUUGUCCUGAGGAGAGAGAGCGUGUGAUAAAGGCUGGUGGACAAGUAAAAUGGCAAAUCGAUACAUGGAGGGUUGGUCGAGCUGCUCUCCAGGUAACUCGCUCUAUCGGGGAUGACGAUUUGAAACCAGCUGUUACUGCUGAACCGGAGAUAACUGAGACCAUACUCUCUGUGGAGGAUGAGUACAUGGUAAUGGCCAGUGAUGGGCUUUGGGACGUGGUUAGCGAAGCCGAAGUGGUAAGCAUAAUAAAGGAUACUGUGAAAGAACCUGGGAUGUGCUCCAAGAGGUUGGCUACUGAAGCUGCUGAACGUGGCAGCAAGGACAACAUAACUGUCAUCGUGGUCUUCCUUCGUCCAGUUUCCACCGCUGAGAGAAUAUACUAG